AUGUCUACGACCCUCUUCUGGAAUUGCAGGGGGGCCCGUAAGAAGUGCACAAGCAACUACCUGCGUCACCUGGUUGGUGACAAUGAGGUGCACUUCAUUGGCCUGGUGGAGACCAAGGUGGAUAAUUUCGACCGUGCGGAGGUCGAUAGGAUUAUUGGUACCAGUUGGGACUUCUUUCACUACCCCGCGAUUGGCAAAUCUGGGGGUAUCCUUGUGUUGUGGCGGAAGAAUCUGAUCAAGUUUGAGCUACGGUUCGUGGAUGAUCAGGUUGUCAUUGGCUCAUUAACCCCUCCUGGCGGGCUGUGCUGGGCGGUCGCGGUUGUCUAUGGUAAUAAGGAUUACCUCCGUCGCAGAAGCAUUUGGGAGAAUAUUGGGGCUUUCUGUGAUGCAGCGGAGCCAAUUCUGGUAGGCGGCGACUUCAAUUGCUUCCUCACUCAAUCGGAGAAGAAAGGAGGGAAACGGGUAACCCCAACUACCGGUGUGCUUGAGAUGACCGAAUUUAUGAAUUGUAAUGAUCUCCAUGAUCUUGGUUUCAUGGGGCCCCAAUUUACUUGGUGUAAUAAUAAGGAGGGCAAUAGCCGGAUUUGGGUGCGCCUUGACCGGAUCCUUAUGAACUCUGAGGGCCUUUGCAAGGCCCCGCUUGCGAUGGUGCGUCACAUGGGGUGGAUUUCUUCGGAUCAUGCCCCAUUGCUCUUCUCAUUGAGGCCCAAGGGGACCACGGCUCCGGAGAGAUGGAUCUGGUUUGAAGACGUCUGGAUCACCUAUCCGGCGUCUUGGCGAAUUGUUUGGCUAAAUUGGCGGAAGAUUGAUGUGGGCUCCCCUGCGGAUAUCCUCAAUCAUAAAUGCCAUCGUACGUUGCGUGCCUUGUAUCACUGGAGCCGCCAGCGCGCACUCAAUUUAAAUUGGCAAAAAAUGGAGCUGGAGCGGCAGAUCAUUGAGCUGCAGAAUAUGGAUUGCACGCCUGGCGGGCUUAGCCAGGAUCAUGAGGAUGAGUUGCGGAGGUGUGUUGGCGAGUUGAAUGACACGUUGGCGAGAUUAACCAUUUGGUGGAGGCAGCGUGCCAAGGUCCGGUGGAUCGAGCAGGGAGAUGCUAACUCCCAUUUUUUUCACUUGGCCGCCUCGGGCCGGCGGCGGGACAACAGAGUGGUGCUCACUUUACCGAGUUGCGAGCAGCCAGUGUCUGAUCAAUGGAUAAUCCUGGAUACUUUUAUGACUUUCUUUCGGGAUAAAUGGUAA